CUAGGCAAUCCUGGCCUCCGUUGUCAUGGGAAACGCGGUCGUUUUGUCGAAGCGCCUCCUGUCAGGCUGCUAUUAAUAGCCAGAUUCAGUUUCCAGUUACCCAGUUAAGCAGCAACACUCGCAGGAAUCAACAACUUUUUCGGAAACACAUAGAGAUCAUGUCCUACUCCAGCCGAUUCGGUUUCGACUUCCACCUGCCGGACGAGGGAUGGUGCUACCCGAAGAACGACAUGCACUUCAUCCGCAGCGCCGAGUGGGUGCCCGUGGAGAAGGCUGGCGUGGGUCGCUCCUUCGCAAAUCCCAAUGGCGUGAUCUAUCCCCGGGUGGUCGGCAUGAUUCCGCGCUACGGAGGCCAUGUUCCGGGCAAUAAGUUCCGAGUGGGCAACACCUACGGCCGCUCCACUAUCGAUGCCAAGCGUCAUCUGGCCCUCAACCACGAUUGAAGCGCCGACUCUUAGAUCACUCCCUCACUUAUAGCCAAUCAAAUUUGCUGUGUUACGCUUAGAAAAGCACCCAAAAUAAAUCGUAUACUGUAGUGCAGCCGAAUGAAGAUAUGUAGAAAUAUGGCAUGAUGAAAUAAAAUCAUUCAAUGUUUUGA